AUGGCCGUCGCCGCGACCGUGGCCGGCACAUGCCCCAGGGCCGGCGAGUUUGUUUCUCCGUUUUGCUUCUCCGUUGGCUUCGUUCAUCUCUCGGUCUCUCCCUCCGUCUCUCGUCACGACCCAAAGGCACCACGCUCUGCUUGCUCCCUUCCUCCUUCGCUCUGCUCUGUCUCUCCGUCCCUCUUCGCGACCUCGCCUCCUUCGAUCGAAGCUCGACCCCUUUUUGUCGUCUGCGUCCGACUCAGGAAUUUCAAGGAACCAAAGUGCCGGUGUCUCUCUUCGCGACCAAAUAAGCAGCGGCCUCCACCGUCGCCUCGAGGAGCCCAUCGGCAACUCCGGCUCGUUGUUUCCGUCCGACGAGCGAAGAUCUGCUGGAGAGGCUGCUUAAGAUGGUGGAUGGCUUGGAUUUUAAGGAUUUUGUGGCAUUCUUGUCUGCUUUUAGUGCCAAAGCUAGCAAACAGCAGAAGAUUGAAUUGAUUUUCAAGGUGAACGAUUCGGACUGUAAUGGAAUUCGAAUAUGUGAUCCCUUUCGGAGAAGACCAAAAGGUGUACCAAAUACUAGAUUGAAGAGCAUCGGGGAGAAGCGAAAGAGAAAAGCCUCUUCAUGUGCACGAGUCACCUUACACAAGGUAUUAUAAUAGCUUGUUUAACGUAAAAGAAUGAUUGCAUCUAUUUUUGACAGUUUAUUUAUAUGCACUUCUCCAUUAUGAAAAUGGGUAUAAGCAACAAAAUGCAUGAAAUAAUUCCGGUACUGUCACUUUUUAUGCGGGAUUGAUCUUCAGUAAAAGUCUGCGGUCAUUAGAGAUUGAUCUUCCUUCGGCAAGCAAGUUCAAUGUGGAAGCAAUUUGUGUAUCUGAUCUCCAAGGAUUUGUUUUUGUUAGGAGAAUAUUUGGUUGUUAACAGAUUAGUAGUUGUUUUGUUUUUAGGUUCUAUUUACAAGAGUCCCUUUUUGGCGAUUAAGUUACUGAUUGUAGAUAUUUGGUUUCUUUUGUAUCUAUCCUCUAUGGCAUAUCGAAGGGAUGUAUAUAUGCACAUGAUGUCGGUUUUAAUUCUCUCCCUCUUGGGGGCUUUAAUGGAAGGGUUGGUCCACUUCUUAUAA